AUGAUGAGCAGACGAGGACUAAGAUAAAGACAGAAAGAAAGAGAGAGGAGGCAUAUUGAAACAAAUUGACGGAAGACGACAGUUUGAUGGAGAGGCAGGCAUGGGUGGACCGCUGGAGGGAUGGAAGGAUGACAGAGUGACACAUAUAUUUCUAAUGUUGUGAUCACUGCAGAGAGCAAAAGAUAGCAGGGGGGUAGCAAAACAGCCGCCUCUCAGCACGACGCAAAUCUCCAAACUUGUUUCCUGAUGUCGGGACGUGCCGUUCGAGCUGAGACGAGGAGCCGGGCAAAAGAUGACAUCAAGAAAGUGAUGGCAGCUAUUGAACAUGUCCGCAGAUGGGAAAAACGGUGGGUGACGGUUGGGGAUACCUCGCUCCGAAUCUACAAGUGGGUACCCAUCAUGGAUCCCCGGGAUGAGGAGAAAAGGCGGUUGGCGGGCAGUGGCGAGCAGCAAAGGGCCAAAGAGAGGAGAUCCCAGUUACCCAGCCUGCGGAGAAACCCUGCUCUGCUCAUGCUGGACCUCAAUGAUGAGAACAGCAACCAGAGCUCAAUUUCGGAGGCCUCUCUGCUGAAAGGGGGGGACACCAGCCCUACACCCACCCCGGACCGCAGCCAGACUGUGACUCCCACCCCAUUAGGGGAGCUGAAGACCGAGGACUCGCAGCCCCCUUUGCUGGGGCAGGAAGGGGAUUCUGGAGUGCUCCUUCUGGAGGGUACAGACGAGCCCCCCAUGCUAACCAAAGAAGAGCCGGUUCCUAAGACUGCAGACACGCAGGCACUGGAGACGGAAGGCCCCAUGGAGCCCCAGAAGGCCUGCGAAGAGCCGACCCCGGAGGCGGAAGAGUUGGCUCCCCUGGGGGCUCCACCGCUGAAGCGUAUCCGCGCUGAGACACAGCCUCUGGAGUCCAGUCAGCCCUCGGAGGCUUAAGA